CUUUCAAUCCUUCACCCACCUCCCCGCUCCCCCCGGCCUGUCUCUCCGUUCCUCUCACGCACUUCUUCCUCCACACAGACACCCACACCCACCCACCCACUUGGCCGCCCGGGGCGCCCCAUAAUCCCCCCUGGCCUCUUGAUGACUACUGCGCCCAACAUCGAGAUGAUCGCCUCCUCGCUGCGCCACUGCUCCCUCACCGGCGGCGCUGGCGGGCGGCGCCGGGGAGGCACCAGGCGCCGCGGCGCCGAGGGCGGCGGCGACACCGACGGCGUCACCGUGGAGCUGAACUCCGAGGUGGCACUGCCCUACCACUGGGAGCAGUGCCUCGACAUCCGGACGGGGCAAGUGUACUACAUCAACUGGGAGAACGGCACCCGGACGACGGUGGACCCGCGCACGGCGUCGGCCUUCGUCUCCUCCCCGACACCGCGCUCCUCCACGUCUCGGCGCACCCGGCGCGCGUCCACGCCGUCGUCGGGGUACACCUCCGUGUCGUCGUCCGUGGGCGCGGCGGACGUCGUGACCGGCGCGUGGCGGGGCGUCAGCAACGACAGCGGGUACGACAACGACGACGAGCAGGAGGACGGCGAGGCGGACGACGAGGACGAGGCCGAGAGCAGCAGCAGCACCACCACCAGCAGCAGCAGCUCCAGCAGCACGGGCAGCAGCCGGGGGUCGGCGGUCUCGUCGACGCUCUCGUCCUUCUCGCCCACCGACGAGUCCGGCUCCGGCGACAACGGCGGCGCCCGCCUCGGCGCCGGCCACGUCCUCGUGGCGGCCGGCUGCCGCGCCUGCUUCAUGUACUUCAUGGUGCCCAAGCGCGCCGACGUGUGCCCCAAGUGCGGCAGCUCCGGCCUCCUCCACCUCAGCCGCAACGGCUACGCCUGAGAUCGCCGGCGCGGCCAUAUGCUCGCUCCGCUAAUUGUAGGAGGGGGAUCGGAGGACGUCUCCUGAGGCGCAGGCAGUCGUGCGUGCAAUGCAAGCCACCUCUGUUUGGCUCUUGGCUAGAGAUCUUCCAUAAGAACUAGGAGUACUACGAGUUUUUGGUGAGGAGAGAGGGGAGAGGUCCCCAAACCCGAUCUUUGGUCAUUCAUUGCUGCUACAUUGUACGCCAAUUGCCCAAUGUAUGGGAGCAGAGAGGAACCAUUCCUUGAUUUCUUUUUUUUUCUUCCUUCUCCCUACUGUAUUUUCCAUGCAUGUCACUGUUUUUUUUUCUU